AUGAAUGGAAAGGACCAGCCCCCUGAGAUGCAUAAACAAGGAGUGGACGAGAAGAGGGAACGGAAGAGGCACACCGCAACAAGAAAUGAUUGCCAGUAUGGACCGGUUCCUCAUCAGCAACCAAUGACAGAAUCAGCAGAUGCAAGGGGUCUUUCAAGGAACUUUAAGCCCAUCCAGUUGAAUCUUGGCUCAACGGGGAGGAAGAAAACGGAGGUAAACAGGAACGCUGCUCCGUCCGCCAAUAUAGCAGCAAAAAAGAAAAGGAUAAAGGAAAAGAAAAAGGAAAACGAAAGGGAAAGAGAAAACCGAGGAGAGCGAAAAUCUGCUUCUCCCACAAACAGGGCAGGGGAACCAAAAGAUGAUCGACUGUCGCUGAUGUCCAUUGGACUUCAAGCGAGGCUGCAGUACGGAGUCCGUACCCAGAGUGCUAAUUUCAGACCGUUUUGA